GAGGGAUUUCCUCGCUCAUCACCAGGUCUCAGAGUAUCUGACGUUGAAUGUUCGUGCCCAGCCCGGUGCCCAGCUCCCCCCGCCCGGUGCCCAGCUCCCGCCGCCCGGUGCCCGGACUCCCCCCCCCUCUCCGUGCCCGGACUCCCCCCGCCCGGUGCCCAGCUCCCCCCUCUCCGUGCCCGGACUCCCCCCGCCCCGUGCCCUGUGCCCGGACACCAGGACUGGGAAUCCCGGGAUCAGUGCAGGUGAGGCCGGGCGGGUGAUGAUAGAGCUGCCAGACACAUAUAUCUCCCAUGUGCGACUUACUGUACAUAUAAAAGAGUAAAAGUUGCCGCAGAUCUGAGUGGCUGAAGAGACGUUCGACCCCACAAAGCGAGGAUGAAGUUGCUAUGGAAACUGCUGGCGUUUCGCUGGUUCGUGUGUCUUGCAGAUGAACUUGCUCUGCAGGGUCCAGUGUUCACUCAGGAGCCGGCAAAUCUGGUCUUUCCGCUGGACUCAGAGGAUCGGACGUUGCGGCUGGUCUGCGAGGCACAGGGCCACCCCAAACCUGUCACAAGGUGGAGAGUGAAUGGGACCCUUAUGGACGAAGCCCAGGAUUAUCGGUACAGAGUGCUGGACAGAAGCUUAGUGAUCACUUCUCCGGAUCGUGUCCGGGAUGUCGGCACCUUCCAGUGCGAGGCUACCAACUCGGUGGGGUCCAUCCUGAGCCGGGAGGCUGCCCUGCAGUUUGCAUAUCUUGAUUCAUUCCAGACCAGGACCCGGAGUACGGUGUCUGUACGGGAGGGACAAGGGAUGGUACUUCUGUGCGGUCCACCUGCUCACUCUGGAGAGCUGGUUUACGCCUGGAUCUUUAAUGAGUACCCUCCAUUUGUGCAGCAAGACAAUCGCAGAUUUGUGUCGCAGGUCACCGGAAACCUUUACAUCGCUAAGGUGGAGCCUUCCGACGCUGGGAAUUACACCUGCGUGGUGACAAAUACGGUGACCAACACCCGGGAGCUGGGGCCUAGUACACCGCUCACACUCAGGACAGACGGUGUGAUGGGGGAGUAUGAGCCUAAGAUCGAGGUGCACUUUCUGGAGUCCGUUGCGGCAGCGAAAGCGUCUACGGUGAAGUUGGAAUGUUUCGCGCUGGGGAACCCAGUCCCAACCAUCACCUGGAGGAGGGCAGACGGCAAGGCGAUAUCCCGCAAAGUGCGCCGGCAUCGCUCCAGCGGAGUGUUGGAGAUCCCCAACUUCCAGCAGGAAGACGCCGGACCGUACGAAUGCGUUGCCGAGAAUACACGUGGGAAGAACAUGGUGCGAGGGCAGCUCACAUAUUUUGCUCCUCCAACCUGGGUGCAGAAGAUUAACGAUGCGCACAUAGCGAUCGAGGAGAACAUUCUGUUGGAGUGUAAAGCGAGCGGACGCCCAAAGCCGACAUACACCUGGCUGAAGAACGGACAACGCCUGCAGAGCAAAGGCCGUCUCCAGAUUGAACACGGAAGCCUCACCAUCACGUCUGUGAACAGCUCAGACUCCGGAAUGUUCCAGUGCUUGGCAGAAAACAAACACGGAACCAUUUAUUCCAGCGCCGAGCUGAGGGUUAUUGCUGUGGGCCCUGACUUCACCGCAGCGUUUGUCAGAAGAGUGACCUUAGGAAAGGUCGGCGGUUUUGUCCUGAUUGAGUGCAAACCUAAGGCCUCGCCUAAACCGACCAUCACGUGGAGGAAAGGAAGGGACCCACUGCGGCUGAACCCCAGAAUCUCCGUCUUGGACGAUGGGAGCCUGAAGAUCUCUAACCUUACCAAAGCCGAUGCUGGGAGCUACACUUGUACGGCCGCCAAUCAUUUUGGGACAGCUAGCAGCACAGGAACACUAGUGGUGAAGGAUCCCACAAAGGUGUUGGUGCCCCCCUCCAGCAUGGACGUCACGGUGGGCGAGAGCAUCGUUUUACCUUGCCAAGUCUCCCACGACCAUUCACUCGACAUCUCUUUCUCCUGGGUGUUCAAUGGGCAACUUAUCGACUUCCAAAGAGAUGGGGAGCAUUUUGAACGUGUUGGAGGACAAGACUCGGCUGGAGACCUGAUGAUAAGGAGCAUCCAGCUGAAGCAUGCGGGGAAAUAUAUCUGCCUGGUCCACACAAGUGUAGACAAGCUGUCUGCGGGAGCAGAUCUCAUUGUCAGAGGACCCCCUGGGCCACCGGAUGCUCUCACUGUGGAGGAGAUAACAGACACCACUGCACAGUUAUCAUGGAUGCCAGGAGUGGACAAUCACAGCCCCAUCACCAUGUAUGUCGUACAGGCUCGAACCCCAUUCUCAGUGGGGUGGCAGGCGGUCAGCACAGUGCCUGAGGUUGUGGAUGGAAGAUCUUUCACCGCCACCGUGGUUGGUCUGAGUCCGUGGGUUGAGUACGAGUUCCGUGUCAUCGCCAUCAACCAGAUUGGUAUCGGAGAGCCGAGCCCCCCCUCCGACAAGAGGAAGACGGAGGAAGCGCUUCCUGAGGUGACUCCGGCUAACGUCAGUGGUGGAGGCGGCAGUAAGAGUGAACUCGUCAUCACUUGGGAGCCGGUACCGGAGGAAUUCCAGAAUGGCGGAGGCUUUGGUUACGUGGUUGCGUUCCGGCCCUUUGGAACCAUCAGCUGGAUGCAGACGGUGGUGGCGUCUGCGGACUCCUCGCGGUAUACUUACAGGAACGAGAGUCUUCCGUCCUUUUCUCCGUACGAGGUGAAGGUGGGAGUGUUCAACAACAGAGGGGAGGGGCCGUUCAGCCCCCUGACCGUGGUGUAUACGGCGGAAGAAGAGCCAGGCCGGGCCCCAGCAGGGCUCUACGCUCGGAGCCUGACUGCGUGGGACAUCGAGGUAUCUUGGAUAGCCGUGCCUAGCAGUCUCAGCAAAGGCAGGAUACAAGGCUAUGAGGUCCGCUUCUGGAAGCAGAACGAGAAGGAGCAGAGCGCACGGAAACUGCGAACGUUGGGGAACCAAACAUCCACCAAGCUAAGUCACCUGCAAGGACACACGCUGUACUACCUGAACGUCCGGGCAUACAACAGUGCGGGCACCGGUCCUGCCAGCUCCACCGUCAAUGUGACCACCAGAAAACCACCUCCGAGCCAGCCACCUGGGAACAUCAUAUGGAAUUCCUCAAACUCCAAAAUUAUCCUGAACUGGGACCAAGUGACCGCACAGGAGAAUGAGUCUGAGGUGAAAGGGUACAGAGUUCUGUAUCGCUGGAACAGGCAGGGAGGGGCCGCCAUGAUUGAAACCAAUCAGACAUCCGUCGAGUUGUCCUUGCCAUACGAUGAAGAUUACAUCAUUGAGAUCCGACCAAUCAGCGAUGGAGGAGAAGGCAGUAGCAGCGAACCCAUCCGUAUUCCUCGGAUAUCCAAUGCCUACGCGCAAGGGUCAGGUGCCUCAACGUCCAACGCCUGCACCUUAUCUGCCAUCAGCACUUUAAUGAUCUCCCUCACUGCUCGUUCCAGCUUAUGACCUCGGGCCUCUGAGACUCCCAGAAACUGCCAUCUUACUCGCGGAUGGUGGACCACGACUAUCCUCCACAAGCGACGGCUCCGUACGGAUUAUCCUGAGAUUGGCCUCAGCUUCUGAGCUUCCUCCUCUCCUUACGGGGAGGAUAUUAUGCACUGACGACAUCUGAAAUACGAUGUUACCAAAGCAGUUUACAUGCCGUAUAUGCAUAUUUUUUAUUAUUAAUAUCUAGUGUUUUAUAGAGUUUUUUAAGGUUAACAUGAUGUAGAUAUAUAUACGUUUUUUGCUGUAAAAUGCUGCAGGUGUCUCAUACAACUCUCUUCUGUCCUCCCUCUCCUUCAAUAACGAUUACUCAACCGGGACUAUUAUAUUUUAUAUACUCUCUCUUUCUAUCUCGCAUAUCCUGAACCCCUCCAUGACGGUGGCAUCCUAAAACCAAAAAUGGUGCCAGAUCUUGGACCUACUGAAAUACCCGAUCUGUUGGCCUGAAGAAGGGUCACGGCGGGAGGCGAAGACUUUUUUUAAGUAGUCCUUUGGGAAGAGUGUAUGAUAAAAUAGCAGCUUUUGGGGAGGAACAGGUGCUUAGUCUUCAGAUGGAUGUAUAUUCCUGACAUAUAGGGUCAUUGGUGAUGGACUUCAUAGCAUCAGUCAUCACAUAAUCUUGGUCUACACCAGAUUAAAGUUUUGCUUUUCGUAAGAACGGCUCCCCCCAUUCCCAAGUAAGGUUUAAGUCUCAUUUGGUUUGAGUUUCCUGAUCUGUUGCGGACACUUAGUCCAGAUCUUGAGGUUUUGCGGACAGCGAACAGAGAAGCGGUUAUAUUGCGGGUGCCAUCAGAGACUGUGGGAACCAACCUGAGGUCCUGAUAUUUUAUGGAGAGUGAGCAGAGUCUAAUUUUUUUAUUUAUUUUUUACUAAGAGCGUGAGCUGAGACGAUCAGGAUGGAAGUUCAUGAACCAUCCAUAACUUCAUGGCCAGAUUCAUACGUAACGACGUUAACACAAGACCUGUCCCGCACUGUACGUCGGUGGUAGAAAAGUAAAAGGGAAAUGCUGUCCCCGAUUUGGUCGCAGUGUGAGGUGGACAGAUAAGCAAAGAGACAAUUCCUGACGUCACAGACACAGGGGUUCCGAUACUUCCAAUAUGUUUAUAAACGCCCCUAAAUAAUGAAUGUUGUUAAAUAUCCAAGUCAGAAAGUCUAUAUAUAUAUUGCAGAGAGUGUAUAAAGCUACCUACAGGCGCUAAAAUGUAACAUAUACCUAGAACUUGAUCUAAAAUAUAAUAUGCCUAGAGAACAUAUUUACAAAA